AUGGAGAGCUGCCAGAAAGAAGAGCGUGUCUGCAGCGGCGAAAGAAUGUUUAAAAAACGGGUGGUUCGCAAUCUUCGGUUGAAGACCGCUAGUGAGGAAUCGAGCGAUGAAGAAGGUUCGGUGGCAGCGCAAGCAGGAACAAGUACCAAAACGGCCACCUCCAGCCGCGAUAACGGUACUUCGUUCUCUGCCGCCAUCAAGCCGAGUGUUAGUUCCAGCAGUUUGCUAAGCUUUCCUGUGGAAGAAGAAGAAACUGGCGAAACGUUCAAACUCAAGAAGUCUCGUCGCCGUAAACACGAAAGACGGCGUGAAAAAUUUCUACCGUUAGCGCCACCAGUGAAUGACAGCGAGGUUGACAUCGAGGUCACCGAAGUGAGGAUUGUGCACAACCAACCUGAACCCGUAUUUUCGGGCGUUGAGGCUGAACUGUUUGACGACGAAGUGGAACCUACCGAUGAAAUUGGAAAAUUUCGCGAAAUGCUUAGCAGCGGCGUUAUCCCGGACGCGAAGAUGAUCCACAUGGCCAGAAAACGGCGGCAGCAAGCGCGCGAAUCCGGCGAUUUCAUUCCGAUUGACACCACGCAGAAGUUUCAACCAGAUUCGUCUCGUCUGGUGCGCGAAGAUGAAAACGAUGCGUCAGACAGCGGCGAAGAAGGCGGAAAGUUCUAUUCGCGUUUUCGCAGUCAGAACGAAGAAGAGCGCAGACAGAUGGAAGCCGCUUUCCUGAAUGCCGUUGAAGAAAGUGACGACGAAAGAGAUGCCGAACUGGCACGGUGGGAAGAAGAACAGAUGAGAAAGGGUGUCUCUGUACAACAGCUAUCGCAGUAUCAUCAUGAACAAGCGGUCAUAGAAAGUAUCUCCGAAAGCAAGUCCUCCUCUUACGUUGAAUACACGACGUCCGUGUAUUAUCCACCUAAAACUGCGACACAGUACUAUCCUCCACCUCUGUCACAACCGCCAGUUAGGGAGUUCAAAGAACCACAACCGAUGGACUUGGACAUCGACUUGCCGGCCGAAGAAGCGUCAGAGAAAAUAGCAGAUACAAGUAGCGGCGCGAGCGCCAGUGCUGACGACUUACCUCAGAAAGAAGUGGCGACUUCUAAGCCGUUCAGCCAAACUACGAAUUACUCCCUGAAUGAUGUCAUUUCGAAGGUGUCAGAAAGGGUGGAGGCGUUUGAAGAGGUUAAACGAUCAUUUGCCGCCGAAGCUGAACAGGCACAUAAAGCUGCCGAAGAAAAUAGAUUAACCGAGGCGAAGCUGAUCGAUAUCAAGCCAGAACUAAGCAUCCAGCACCAGUUUUUUCAGGAAAUGUUUUCGUACAUUACAGACCUGCUUGAUUGCUUGAACGAGAAGGUGCCGGUGAUCCGAAAAAUCGUCGAGCAGAUGACAAGCUUAAUGGAGACCAGGACUCGAUUUUUUGUCACUCGCCGCCAGCAGGACGUAAAAGACCAGUACGAAGAGUGCACCAUCGCCGGAAGCGGCAACUUACAACUGUUGCAGUUGAACUCAGAGCGGACGAUGCGCGCCGCGGAACGCGAAGCCAGGAGAAGCAGACGGAGACAGGCACGUGAGAAACUAGUCGACGGCUCUAAUCAUCGCGAUGGCAUGUCAAGCGAUGACGAAGAGGUGCCCAGUCGCAUUGUGACGUACAAUGCUGAGAAAGGUACGCAUGCAGUCGUUUCAUUAUCGGCUACUGAUGUUAUCAGUCGUUACUGACG